GAUCUGGAGGCGCCUGCCCAGCGCGCGGGGACCGCUCGGUGUUCACCGCCCUCGGGAGCCGACCUCGAGCCCCUCCAGCCAUUUGUGAACCAAGAGGCUUGAAAUUCGCCGGUGCGGAGCCCCGCAAGAGAGAUUUCAAUGAGAAGGAAAGCCAAUGGAUCGUGGUCUUAGAAAAGCUGCUUAGAUGAUGUCUGUUUCCUGUGCUGUAAACACGUGGCAGAGCUGUGAGUAAAUGCUCGGCACUGCAUGAUGAAUUGGAUGGCUGCAGACCAGAGGCAAACAAAAUAAUUGUCUCAUUUUCGUGGUGAUUUGCUUAACUGGGGGGACCAUGCCAGAACGGCUAGCGGAAAUGCUGUUGGAUCUCUGGACUCCAUUAAUAAUAUUAUGGAUUACUCUUCCCCCUUGCAUUUACACGACUCCGAUGAAUCAGUCUCCAGUUUUAAUGAGUGGAUCCCCUUUGGAACUAAACAGGCUGAAUGAAGAACAGCGGAUUUUGAACCGUUCCAAGAGAGGCUGGGUUUGGAAUCAAAUGUUCGUCCUGGAAGAGUUUUCUGGACCUGAACCGAUCCUUGUUGGCCGGUUACAUACAGACCUGGAUCCUGGGAGCAAAAAAAUCAAAUAUAUCCUAUCAGGCGAUGGAGCUGGGACCAUCUUUCAAAUAAAUGACAUAACAGGAGAUAUCCAUGCUAUAAAAAGACUUGACCGAGAGGAAAAAGCUGAGUAUACCCUAACAGCUCAGGCAGUGGACUGGGAGACAAAUAAGCCUCUUGAGCCUCCUUCUGAAUUUAUUAUCAAAGUUCAAGACAUCAACGACAAUGCACCAGAGUUUCUCAACGGACCCUAUCAUGCUACCGUGCCAGAGAUGUCCAUUUUGGGUACGUCUGUCACUAAUGUAACAGCUACUGAUGCUGAUGACCCAGUUUAUGGAAACAGUGCGAAGUUGGUUUAUAGUAUCUUGGAAGGGCAACCUUAUUUUUCCAUUGAGCCUGAAACAGCAAUUAUAAAAACUGCCCUUCCCAACAUGGAUAGAGAAGCCAAGGAGGAGUACGUGGUUGUUAUCCAAGCCAAAGAUAUGGGUGGACACUCAGGCGGCCUGUCUGGAACCACGACACUUACAGUGACCCUCACCGACGUGAAUGACAAUCCUCCAAAAUUUGCCCAGAGUCUGUAUCACUUCUCAGUACCAGAAGAUGUGGUUCUUGGCACUGCCAUAGGGAGGGUGAAGGCCAAUGAUCAGGAUAUUGGUGAAAAUGCACAGUCGUCAUAUGACAUCAUUGACGGAGAUGGAACAGCACUCUUUGAAAUCACUUCUGAUGCCCAGGCCCAGGAUGGCAUUAUAAGACUGAGAAAGCCUCUGGAUUUUGAGACCAAAAAAUCCUAUACGCUGAAGGUAGAGGCAGCCAAUGUCCACACUGACCCGCGUUUCAGCAGCAGGGGGCCCUUUAAAGACACGGCGACAGUCAAAAUUGUUGUCGAAGAUGCAGAUGAGCCUCCAGUCUUCUCUUCACCGACUUACCUCCUCGAAGUUCAUGAAAAUGCUGCUCUCAACUCCGUGAUUGGGCAAGUGACUGCUCGUGACCCCGACAUCACGUCCAGUCCUAUAAGGUUUUCCAUCGACCGGCACACCGACCUGGAGAGACAGUUCAAUGUUAAUGCAGAUGAUGGGAAGAUAACGCUUGCAACACCGCUUGACAGGGAAUUAAGCGUGUGGCACAACAUAACAAUCAUUGCUACCGAAAUCAGGAACCACAGUCAGAUAUCCCGAGUACCUGUUGCUAUUAAAGUGCUGGAUGUCAAUGACAACGCCCCUGAAUUCGCAUCCGAAUAUGAGGCAUUUUUAUGUGAAAAUGGAAAACCCGGCCAAGUCAUUCAAACAGUGAGUGCCAUGGACAAAGAUGAUCCCAAAAACGGACAUUAUUUCUUAUACAGUCUUCUUCCAGAAAUGGUCAACAAUCCGAAUUUUACCAUCAAGAAAAAUGAAGAUAAUUCCCUCAGCAUUUUGGCAAAGCAUAAUGGAUUCAACCGCCAGAAGCAAGAAGUCUAUCUUUUACCAAUCAUAAUCAGUGAUAGUGGGAAUCCUCCUCUGAGCAGCACCAGUACCCUGACCAUCCGGGUCUGUGGCUGCAGCAGUGAUGGUGUUGUCCAGUCUUGUAAUGUUGAAGCUUAUGUACUUCCGAUUGGACUCAGUAUGGGCGCCUUAAUUGCCAUAUUAGCAUGCAUCAUUUUGCUGCUAGUCAUCGUGGUGCUGUUUGUAACUCUGCGGCGACAUAAAAAUGAGCCAUUAAUUAUCAAAGAUGAUGAAGAUGUGCGAGAAAACAUCAUUCGCUACGAUGACGAAGGAGGAGGGGAAGAAGACACGGAGGCUUUUGACAUUGCAACUUUACAAAACCCAGAUGGAAUUAACGGAUUUUUACCCCGUAAAGAUAUUAAACCAGAUUUGCAGUUUAUGCCAAGGCAAGGGCUUGCUCCAGUUCCGAGCGGUGUUGAUGUGGAUGAAUUUAUAAAUGUGCGGCUACACGAGGCAGAUAACGACCCCACAGCCCCACCGUAUGACUCCAUUCAGAUUUAUGGCUAUGAAGGCCGAGGGUCCGUGGCUGGCUCCCUCAGCUCCUUGGAAUCCACCACCUCAGACUCGGAUCAGAACUUUGACUACCUCAGUGACUGGGGUCCCCGCUUUAAGAGACUGGGCGAACUCUACUCUGUCGGUGAAAGUGACAAAGAAACUUGACAGUGGAUUACGAAUAAAUCAGUGGGAACUGAGCAUUCUGUAAUAUUCUAGGGUCACU